AUGGCGGCAGAGGGGCAGCUCUUCGUGGAGGGCCAGCCUCCCGAUUUCUCCCUCUUGCAGGAGCUGCUGUGCCCGCCUUGCCUCGAAUCCGAGCCCAACAAACCCGUCCCCAGCCUCCUCCCCGAAGCCCCAGGCAGCCGGGAAUCCAGGUUUGACCCCUUCGUGGGCAUGGCUUGCUGCCUCCAGAUCCCGGAGACCAAAGCCCUGGACUUCCUGCAAGAGGCUGGCCAGAGCCUCUCUCAGUCUGAGCCCAGCAAUAGCAGCAGGAGGCUGUUUUCACGGCAUGUGGGGCGUCCAUGGAACAACAGCCACUGUGCCACUACCUCCCACAUGGAGUGCUGCUUCCCAGAGGCUACCCUCUCCUCUUUUGGCCCUUUGGAUGCCCUUAGCCUCAUCAGCCUCCAUUGCUCCAGCCUUGAAAUUGACUCCACAGGAGAUAAUAACAUGCUGUGGGGGGUGGCAGUGCACGUGGAAGAGCCACAGGCAGGGUGUGAUGUCCCCUCCAGGCCCGAGCCUCCAAGGAGUAGCACGCGGAGGAUUUCCCGCAAGCAGCCCAAGCCCCAGCGGAGCUGUGAGCCCCUGGAUCCGACUUUUCAAGGCGUUACUUUUCAGAUGCAGCUGCAGCAUUCUCUGAGCAGCAAGGAGGGCUGUAGACUCCACAUUUGUCCCCGAUACAGCAGUGAAAAACUGAGGAAAAGAAGAGUCCCUCUAGUAAAAGAAGAAGGCCAAGCAGGAAGUUCAGAAGAGGAAGAAGGAUGUCUCUCUACCCACAGGAAUAAACGUUGUGCAUCUUGCAAGACCAGGAAAACACCUCUAUGGAGAGAUGCUGAAGAUGGGACUCCUCUCUGCAAUGCCUGUGGCAUUAGAUACAAAAAGUACAGAAUUCGGUGUCUUAAGUGUUGGAAUAUUCCAAAGCAUGGUGGGAAACCUAAUUCACAUUGUUCCAGUUGUGGAGGAAGAUUGCAUGUAGUUGCUGCACAAUCAAAAUCUGGAAAGAGAUGUGGAGUGUUCUAA